CCUGUUCUUUCCUCUGCUUUUUCCUCCCUUUUUUUUCUCUUUCUUGGUCCCUCUUAAGUCUUAAGUUUAAGCAGCAACUGCAAGCACCCACCUGAUCUUCAUCCUCUUUCUCUCUCCUCCUGAAGAUAAGAACAAGCUUUUGAGUAAAAUUGUGGAUUAAUGUGAUAUUUUGCUCUUGAAAGUUGAGAAAUUCUUUGGGAUUUCAAUUUCCCAGAAAUUUUGUGACUUUCACUGUUGAUUUUCAUGAUUGAGUUAUUUUGGGUAGUGAAUUCUGAGUACAAUCACAGCUAAUUUUUGGGUUUUAUUUCUCAAUUUUGGAGUGUGCUUCUUUUGGUGCCAAUUUUAGGUAGGACUUGGCUUUGCAAGAGAUUUAUGUUGUGAAAGAGACAGUGUUGUUCUUUGCUUUGCUGUUAGCUGAGGACAAUUUUGAACUGAAGUAUGCCCUUAACUGAACUUGUUAGGAUGUUUAAAGGGAAAGUAGAAGUCAACCAAGAUGGAGUAUCCAAUUCUAUUGAUCCUUCUUCUAGACCGAAUACUGAUUGUGUUGAGCUAGUUUGGGAAAAUGGUCAGCUUAUGAUGCAAGGUAAAACUAGAAAGAGUUCUAAUUCGAACAAUUUUCAAACAGUUGGCCCCAAGCUUCAAGAUGGUAGGAAUGUUGGUAAUUUUUCAAGAAUGACCAAGUUUGGCACAAUGGAUUCUUUAAUGGCUGAUUACCCAUUGUCUGUUCCUUCUUGUGAAAUGGGUUUGGAUCAAGAUGUUGACUUGGUACCUUGGUUGAACUAUCCCAUGGAAGAACAUUUGCAUAAUGACUAUACUUCUGACUUCUUACAUGAGUUAUCUGGAGUUACCAUUAACGAUCUCUCUACGGAGAACCAUUUACCAUACCGGGAAAGGAAAAGUACUUUUCAUGGUGAUGGCCAUGAUACUUCUGUGAGUUUGAAACAUGGCCAUACAUCUAAGGCCUCUUCAAGUUUUGAGAAGGAUAAUAGAGGUGGAAGUAGUGAGGUACCACAAUUUAUGUUUCCGUUCCAGCAAAGUAUACCUAGAUCAGGAAUCUCUGAUAUAAUUGGUAACAGUGCAGGCAAUGCCCACCAUGUUGCUUCGCGAGACUCCGCAAAUAAUCCAUCUUCAUUGAGUGCUUUCACCAGCUUGAGAUUGCAGAAGCUAGAUGCAGGGCAGCCUAGCACUAGCUCAGGCUUUACGAAUUUUCCAUACUUUUCUCGGCCUACUGGUCUUUCUAGAGCUAAUCAGGUUACUGUAAACCCCUCAAAGAGGUUAGAGAAUAUUGAUAAAAGAUGCACCUUGAAUAGUAGUAACCCUGCUAAUUCUACUCUGGUUAAUAUGGAUAGUGGUUAUUCCCAAAAGGAUAUAGUUUCUCACAACCAGUCCAUUAUGACACCAGCAAAUAGAGAUUCAGAAGCUUUGCCUGCAAAGCCUACUCAGGAGCCUCGUUCUGCUGAUCAACCUAUGGAUAGAGAAGACAUUGCUAAAAAUCAUGUGUCAAAGAAUCAAGCGUGUGAUGCACCAAUGAGCAAAGUGGGUACUAGUGGUGAUAGGAAUAUGGAGCCAGUAGUUGCAACAUCUUCUGUAUGUUCAGCUAAUAGUGCGGAAAGAACUUCAGAUGAGCCUGCACGCAAUCUGAAAAGAAAAUCUCAUGACACUACAGAAUCAGAAGGUCCUAGCGAAGAAGCUGAAGAGGAAUCAGUGGGUGCAAGAAAAGCAGGUCAUGGUCGGAAUGGCUCAAAGAGAAGCCGAGCUGCAGAAGUGCAUAAUCUAUCUGAAAGGAGACGGAGGGAUAGAAUUAAUGAGAAGAUGCGUGCACUGCAAGAGCUCAUACCCAACUGCAACAAGGCGGACAAAGCUUCAAUGCUUGACGAGGCUAUAGAAUAUUUAAAGACGCUCCAGAUUCAAGUACAGAUAUUGUCGAUGGGUGCCGGGUUGUAUAUGCAGCCUAUGAUGCUCCCACCAGGAAUGCAACCCAUCCAUGGAGCCCAUAUGCCACAUUUCUCACCUAUGGGGCUUGGAAUGGGUAUGGGAAUGGGCUUCGGGAUGAAUAUGCUCAACAUGAAUAAUGGUCCGAAGAUGCUACCUUUUCAAGGCCCGCAUUACCCUGUACCUGGAACCGGAUUUCAAGGGAUGCCGGGUUCUAAUCUUCCUGCUUUUCCGCAUCCUGGUCAAGUACUACCAAUGUCCAUGCAACAAGCCCCUAUAGUUCCUCCUCCAAUAUCAGGAAGUUUUCUGAACAUGCCCAUAGGAUUGCCUGCCUCGGGCGUAGCUGGGCCAUCAAGUGCACCACAAUUAGCUCCACCUGGCUCUAAGAAGGAUGCUAACCCACACGGGCUAUCUAGUAUGGCUAGCAACAACGUUAAGAGCUCCUUGAAUCCAGCAACUAUUCAGGGAUCUAAUGAGGGUAAUCAGGUGUGCCAUGAUCAAACACAAGCUGUUAAUGCUGUAGAAACUGCCAGUGGAAAAGAUGCUAUGCAUAGCUGACAGGAACUUGUUACCUAUAAGAUGAUAAACUGCAAUGUUGCUUGGAGAUGUCCCAAAGGUUUAUGGGAAGCAUAGGAUGCUCGAUUCAACCCCCACAUAAUAGAGGGGGCCGCUCAACGACACAACAUCACAGAUCGGAGUGACAGAUCUGACUGUAAUGCAGAGUUUUUGCUCGCCAAGAACGCAGAUUAGUUUCGUUUUUAGAUCUGUACAUUUUAUGAAGAUGGCAUUGCACUUUGGUCUCGUAGUUUCUGAUCUCUUAGGUGUAAAUGUGGUUCAGAUGUACAUUUCGAGUGCAAAUUUCUUCUUGGGGGAAAUUGUAGUAAAUGAAUAGGUUUAUUGUCAUACAUCCAUAAUAAUUCCAGGGAGUUGUGACCCCUUUGGCCUUGCUAGUAGUUAGUGGUUGGAACUUGGAACUUAGAUAUGAGGAGAUAAUAUGGUGGCGGGAUAAGUGUAUGAUGUAUUAUGAAGUAUAAGAUAGAUCAAUAUUUGUAUUUUAUUAAGGCAGUUGAAAUAUAGCAUGUGUUAGCUUUUCCUCUUAA